GGGGACCGAACCCCUCCCCCAGUCCCCGUCUUUCAGGGGUAAAGCCCGGCUCGCAACGAGUCCUAACGGUGCCCCUGCUGGGCUCCAACUUGAGACAGGCCUGCCUCUGCCUCCCACAGCCUCGGGAUCAAGGGCGUGAGCCACACCCAGCUCAAGGCCGGUUCCCGGCAGGGAGCGCAGGUCGGUGGCCGAGGCCCGGUCCCGCGGUGACGCAGCCGCGCCAGGCCGGCGAGCCCUGCUGACUUCACAGAGGGCCGCGCCGGCCUCCCAGCCUCGGCCGGGCCCGCCAGGCCCCGCGGCUCGCGACAGACGCCCUGCCCGCCGUACAGUGGGCGCUCGGGGCCUCCCGGCGGGACUCCGGCUGCAGGGGCUACAACGCGGGCGUCCAUUGGCUCCGCUCUGCCCAAUUGACAGGGGCUCCCAAGGGCUCUUGGGAUUGGCUGAAGCUCCGGUCUCGGUGGCCAAUCGGCGGUGUCCGGACAUUCAAAAACUGAAUUCAGGGCAGGAAGGGCACCGGAGUGCAGCUGUCCCCGGAGCCCACCGCAGCCGCGACCAGGAGCACAGGCUCUGGGCUGACAGCUGAAGCCAUGUCCGGGGAUGCAACCAGGACCUUGAGGAAAGGAAGCUGUCCCCCAGGCCCAGUCCCCGAGGGGCUCGUCCGAGACUACAGCAUGAGGUUCUGCCCCUACUCACACAGGACCAGGCUGGUCCUCAAGGCCAAAGGCAUCAGACAUGAAGUUGUCAACAUUAUCCUGCAAAGCAAGCCCUACUGGUACUACAGAAAACACCCUUUUGGCUAAAUUCCUGUCCUGGAGAAUAGUCAGUGCCAACUGAUCUAUGAGUCAGUCGGUCAUCACCUGGACGACACGUACCCGGGAAGGAAGCUGUUUCCGUAUGACACUUAUGAACGGGCAUGCCAAAAGAUGUUACUGGAGCUGUUCUGUAAGGUCCCGCAUUUGACCAAGGAGUGUCUGGUGGCGCUGAGAUGCGGGAGAGAAUGCGCUGACCUGAAGGCGGCCCUGCGGCAGGAGUUCCGCAACCUGGAAGAGAUCCUUGGCUAUCAGAACACCACCUUCUUCGGCGGAGACCACAUAACCAUGAUCGAUGACCUCUUCUGGCCCUGGUUCGAGCGGCUGGAUGUGUACGGGAUCGCAGAGCCCUCCUGGCUGCUGGCUCCUCCGUGUUGUGCCGAGUAAACAGUUCCCAGGUGCUACUCCCUGCCAGCUGGACAGAAAUGCGUCUGCGUGGUGAAGCUGGGCCGUCUGCAGUGCCAUCUGCUCCGGAUGUGGAGUCCCGUUGCCAUGGUACCCAAACUGAUGCGGGGUAAGUGUGUGAAUCAGAGUCCGGGGAUCCGAGGAGGGAAGAGAGGGCCAUCUCUGAUGCCUGUCCUAGGGCUUAACUUUACAGCCAUAAAACCUGUGUGCUAGCGAGUGUUUGGUGCAGGACCCAAACCCCUGCGAUGCCACAGAAAAAGGCGUCCCUGGGUCCCCAGAUAAAAGCAUUCUCUUGGGCUCCUCGUACUUCUUUAGACAUAAGAAUGGAGGGGAGGGAGGGUGGAGAAAAGUGCUGGUGGAAAAAGUGCAGGCUGCUGGUCCAGGGCCUGGUGGGGUCCAAAUGCCACGUGGGUGGGUAUGGUAUCCACAGGCUGCCGGGGUCCUGGUCGCUUGCACUGCUGUUCCCUCC